CAGCGGCUGGCCAGGCGACACCUGCUGCGACGCCAGCCGACGCUGCCCGCGCCGUGCCGUGUGCAGCUGGUGCGUCUGCACACGGCCCUGUGUCGGCUGCGGGGCGACGCCGGCGCCGCCCGCUGCCUCCUGCUGGACGUGACGCUGCUCUGGCCGGCCGAGGCCGACCGGCUCCUGCUGGCCACCGUCCACACGUGGGGCAAGGCGUUCAACUUCAGGCACGGUGUCGACAUCUCGCCCGUCGAGCACGUGCUGCUUCACCACGCGCUGACCCAGCCGGCCGCCUCCGGCCUGCGCAAGGAGACCAUGGACGUGCUGCGGCCGCAGCUGCAGUGGAACUUCCGCAAGUACCGGCCCGACACGGACCCCGACGAGCGGGCGCUGCAGAUGGUGCAGCAGCUGGCCGCCGGGCCUCCAGGGGACGAGCGGGCGCAGCUGCGGGCUGCGCUGCUGCUGCUCUCGGCACUGCGCGGCUCGGCCUGGACCAACGACUGUCCCUUGGAGCGAGCCGUGGUGCCGCUGCUGGCCCGCUGGCGCGACGGCCAGGCCUCGGAGGAGGCGGCCGCCGCCUGCCUCCGUCUCACUGGCGAGCUGACCGCGCUGUACCCGGAGCGGACGGACCGCGCUGUGGAGGAGGCCGUCUGCAUACUGGAGGGGGUGGCCCUGCAUAAGGAGCCAGCUCCGGCGCCGGUGCGGCAGGCAGCACGCGCUGCGGUGCUCCUGCUGCGAGACCGCGUACCGCCAGAGUCCAACGGUCGCCUCCUCCGCUGUCUGGAGGCCCUGCCGCCCGCCGACGGUCGUGGCGACAUCUGUGGAGGAAACGGCGAGACUGCUGUGGCGGCCGCCGAUUAGAGCGACAUCUGUACGAGUGCGUGUUGAAGCUUGACUGUUCGAGGCCAGUUUUUGUUACUGAGGAGAGAAGAUGCUAAGAAGCGAUUUUUGUUACAACUGGCCGCUGAGUGCGCACUAGUCCUUCGUACAACGCCGCUUUUGUCCUCACAACACACAACACGGCCAGCCGCCGGGUUGCCCCGCCUCGCCCACCCACGCAGCCUGCCCCAGCACUGCCAGCAUCGCCGCCUGUCCGCCGCCCGUGCCGGCGGCGGUGGCGCGGAAGGGGGGGGGGGGGGGGGUUGCGCCUCGCUCCCACCCCCGCCCGGUCUACCUGAAAGUCAAGAAGAUCGCGCGACACCCACCACCGCCCAGGCGGUCGCCUCGCGCUGUACUGCGUCGAUGCCGCGUCACUAGUGUUAUGCUGAGCGGGAAAGGUAGUGCGCCGCACCGUACGCCUGUCGUUGCGUUGAAGUACUGUGUUGCCGUUCAGUGACAGCGGGGUCGCUGUUGUCCUGUUGAGCACAGAUGGCGCUGUGUUCGGCCGCCUUGCUGUGGCCAUGUCUGCUCUGCAGGCAGUGGAUAGCGCUGUGACGGCCGCCGCUGUGGCCCGGUCAGCGCUGUGACGGCCGCCGCUGUUGUC